AUGGAGGUGUGGAGCGAUGUCACUCGAUUAGUCCAUAAGUUCGGCGGCGGUCUGCUACUGACUGGUAUGUUGAUCAUAAGCUUCCUGUGCGCCGAGAGGGUAUUCGUACCUCUCCGUCUUUUCCACUUCCAUAUCACCCGUCUUGUCGGCCGUCAUUAUGCCUUGUCCGUUAUAUUCGGCGUCAUCAGUGCCGUGGCCUUGGUGGCGAUACUGCAGCAAGUGUGGAACUAUGUCUGUGAAAUAUUCUUGUCCCACUACGACAAGGACCGCAUUUUCCUGUACACCGUCCGACAUUCCCAAGGUGUCGCUGAGUCAUUAAUUCAAGAUGUCCAGGAGUUUUUGGAUAGCGCAGCAUGGUACCAGCGGAAGAAUGUCCCGUAUCGGCGCAUAUACCUGUUUCACGGCCCAACCGGCACCGGCAAAACCAGAUUCAUAAUGGCGCUAGCUGGGUAUUUCAACCGGAGCGUCUGCCUGCUUAAUCUCCGUGAUGGGACGUUAACGGAUAACGUGUUGCUGCGAUUGAUGGACGAUGCGCCAGCGGAUGCGGUUAUUCUAAUGGAGAAUGUGGAUACGGCAUUUGGUGAUCCUGAGGGCGUCGGCCUGGCCGUUCUGCGACUACUGAAUGCCCUGGAUGUGGGACAGUUAAAAAAUGGACGAUUGAUCUUUUUGACGGCCAACAGGCUCGACCGUGUGGCUGCAGCGCUUAUUAGUCCUCAACACACGCACAUCGACCACUAUCAACUCUUUGACUACGUCACCGUUUACCAGGUGGAACAGAUGUACCGCCGCUUCCAUCGCCAGUGCACUGAUGAUCAAGUACAGCAGUUUCUGAAGACGGUUUUUGACCGUCCCGAACCCAAAAUUAGUCCGGCUCAACUGCAGGCCCUAUUUAUCUCAUACAAGCGCAAUCCGGCGGAAGUAAUUCAGGGCGUUUCAGCACUGUUUUCUUAGGAGGAAUAACAAGAAAAUUUAAUUG